AUGCUGCGACCGGCAACCCCCCUAUCGAUCCUGUUGCUGGUGGCUUUUGGCCUGCUGUUGAUCUCGGUCCUUUCAACCCCAAUCAUCCAGGCGAUACCGCUUGGAUCGUUCGGCGGUGUAAGCUUCGGCGUCUUCGGCUGGUGUAAAGGCACUUCAUGCAGUCCCAUUGAGAUAGGCUACGAUACUUCUGCAAUCAAUAACAAUGGCAACGAGGGGGAUUUCGACCUACCCAGUUCGACAAGGUCGACACUCUCGGCCAUCCUUAUUGUACAUCCAGUGGCUGCUCUGAUCACCCUCAUCAUGGCGAUUCUAGCUCUGGUGUCCCACCUGCACUCUCCCUCACAUUCUUCCAGAUAUCUGCUUCUAGUAUUCAUCCUCAGCAUCAUCGAUUUGAUCGUUUGUCUGCUGUCUUUCCUCAUCGAUGUAUUACUCUUCGUACCUCAUAUGGCCUUCGGGUCAUAUCUUGUCCUCGCAGCAACCAUUUUGGUGGCGUUGAGCACACUGGUAUCAUGCGCCAUGCGAAGGACUAUUGUCAACAGGAAAGCAAGGAAGAAGAGGAUCAAUGAGAACGCAGAGAUGAGCGGAGAGAACUUUUAUAACCGACAGGCCAAGGACACGCAAAUACCGAGCACCGUACAACCAACCAUGCCUGUUGUCAGCGGAGCCAACGGCGCUGCCAACGAUAAGCUGCCCGCCUUUGCCUCAUUCGAAAAGAAGGACGACCGCAUCAGCGAUGAGCGCAUCCCACUGACGGCACGCAGUCCUUCCGAUAGGUCUCCGAACAACAUUCCGGUGGAAAUGAACAACGCUGAGACCAUGUACAAUGGCCCUAUCGGCCCUGGUCCUCGAAGGGCCCCAUCCAGGGAUCAAUUUGGUAAUCCCAUCAACCCGCCUCCCGAUGCUUAUGGUAUGCGAAGGCCGUCCACGGAAACUCAACGAUCUCGAGGGCGUGGUGGCAUGCCUCCAGGUGGCUAUCGUGGCCGCGGCGGCUACGGGCCCCCAAGAGGUGGUUAUGGGCCAGGUCCGGGGCGAGGAGGAUAUGGCCCACCAGGAGGCCGCGGAGGCUAUGGCCCCCCUCCAAACCGAGGGGGAUAUGGGCCACCACCACGUGGCUAUGGCGGACCUAUGAUGAGGGGAGGCCGGCCGCCACCGCCGCCGCCAAGCUACGAUUCUGGGCCUUACGACCGCAGAGGCUCCCCGGCCAUCGAAUAUGGCGGCCCGUAUGGUGCUCGACAGCAGUCUCCAGGCCCUCCGUCUGCCCCUGGCUAUCAGAUGAACAACUUGAAUCCAUCCAUGCCAAGCGUUGCGACUGGAAACAGUUAUGAGGCGUACACUCCUGGAAGAGAGAGCGACCUCCCUAGAGCAGAGUCACCGCCACCGUUGCCCGGAACCGAGAGCGAUAUCCCCGGCCAGGCUACACCAAUGCGUGCGCCUGGCAGCCCCUCACAUGCCCAACAGGGCUUUGGUCUUAGUGACAGUGAUGCCGACAUUGCUGGGAUGGUGGGACUGCAGCAAGGCCGAGAUACAGCACGCCGCCACGACACUGUUAUGAGUGAGGGUAGCAGAUACAGUCAACCAGACGACCAAUACGUCCCUAUACGUACAGGUUGGAACCAGAAUGCUGCUCAACAUCAGUCAGCAGUACCAUCUCCACUGCGUCCCCCGGCAGGCAUUCCAAGAUCAAAUACUGGAAGUCCUCGUCCGGCUCCACAAGAAACAUCCUAUGUUGAAGACAUAGACCCUCGCUUUGCCGAGCCUCCAAUGGUGGCCACUCCCGCUCAAAGACCGACACCUCCGGCUCUCGAGACUGACAACUCUUAUGACAGCAUUCCUGAGGGAGCUCGCAGCCCUGCUGAGUCUGAGCGAUCAACCUUCACCUCGAUAUCGCAGCGAGGAAUCAAUCCAAACUGGCCGGGCAACAACCCGCCGCCCCCAAUGAUGGGGGGCGGCUUUGGGGCCGUGCCGCCUCGGCGACCAGUACAACCACCGCGUGAUGUCUUGUUAGACGGAAACCCCGACUUCAUGUUACCUGGUGCAGGCGGACGCGGGGGGCGCGGUCCUCCUCGCCGUGGUGGUGGUGGCGCUUACCCCGGAGGUCUGUGA